AUGAUUCCUCGGAUUUCUGUUGCGGUUCUCUCCGCCAUCAUGGCGGCUGCCAGCCCUGUCAUCGUCGACCGUUUGCCACUGGAUAUCCCACUCGCCGUCCCGACAUCCAUGAUUGUGCCGUUCACGAGGAUCAUGAAUCCCACUAGUGCGAACCUCGUUCAGCUGGACCAAGCACGCGCACAGGCUCUUCGAUUAUACGCUGCCAUGAAUCCCAACAACACUGGACAAGCCAGAUCUAUUUUCAACAUUCCCGCUACGGCCCAAGCAGUAAGCUACGUCGCGAGUGCAUACAUUGGCAACCCUCCGACCGAGUACUCGUUAUUGAUCGAUACCGGGAGCUCAAAUACUUGGGUAGGUGCAGGCCAGCCAUAUGUCGAGUCCAGCACGACCGUCGACACGGGAGAUUUAGUGUUAGUCGGUUACGGAUCAGGUGCCUUCUUCGGCAGGGAGGUUAUUGACCAGAUGACACUUGGGCCCUCCCUCACCAUCGUGAACCAGUCUAUAGGCGCGGCGCUGCUGUCCAAGGGCUUUGACGGCGUCGACGGUAUUUUGGGCAUCGGCCCGCAGGAUUUAACUUGCGGAACUCUCGUAACGGACAUGACGGCAUGCAUUCCGACCGUCCUCGACAACGCAUGGACCCAAGGACUGAUCAGUAACUACGAGGUAGGGAUUUCCUUUGUUCCUGCGACUUCGCCGUCCGACACCAGCACGAGCGGCGAGAUAAGCUUCGGCGGCGUCGAUCAGAGCAAGUUCGGUGGUAACCUACAAUACGUACCAAUCACCUCGACAUCGCCUGCUAGUAAUUAUGUGGGCAUCGACCAGUCCGUGUACUACGGCGACCAGCUGAUAUUGGACACCACCUCUGGGAUCGUCGAUACGGGCACUACGUUGCUCCUGCUGGCAUCUGAUGCGUUUGGGAUGUACCAGAAUGCGACGGGUGCGACGAUGGACCAGACGACUGGCCUGCUCCAGAUCACUCCGGCGCAGUACGAGCAGCUCCAGAGCAUGUACUUCGACAUCGGCGGGAACCGCUACGAGCUCACCCCCAAUGCUCAGAUCUGGCCGCGAGUGCUGAACGAAGCCCUCGGAGGCGAGGCGGGCGCGAUAUACCUGAUAGUCAGCGACUCCGGCAGCCCAUCAGGCCAGGGACUCGACUUCAUCAACGGAAUGAAGUUCCUCGAGCGCUUCUACGCCGUGUAUGAUGUGGGCAACGAGCGCGUUGGGUUCGCGCCGACGGUUCAUACGCAUGCGAACUCGAACUGA